AUGCACGGUCUUCCAAUCACGGUGCCUUACGUAACAAAAGAUUACCUGCAGCAAAAAAGGUUUCAAGCUCAAAGCACUGGAACGGCAUACGUUAAGGAAAAAGAAAAUAAAUUAAUCGAGACAAAAAGACUGCCGGGAGAAAAUGAUGUUGGAAUGGUCGCGUGGAAAGUGUCUUUUAACACUCCAGAAUAUCCUACGGGUCAGUCUGGAAGCAACCUGGAAAAUCAAAAAAAAGUAAAUGAAUAUGGUACCGAACCGCAACUCCGAACGCCGAACGCGUGUCAGCGUAAUCAAGAGUGA